AUGACAAGAAUUUCCUGCAGCUCACACGAGGACGUCAAUGCCCGCGUUGAGUCGCCAGUCACUCUUCGCGCCUAUCUGCUUUGCGUCUUCGCGGCCUUUGGUGGUAUCCUGUUCGGAUACGACUCGGGAUACAUCAAUGGCGUCCUCGGCAUGAACUACUUCAAGCAGGAGUUUGGAGGUCCGUCAAAUAACGAAGAUGCGUAUAAUGGCCAUCUCUACGCCACCUGGCAGAAGUCGCUCAUCGUUUCCAUCCUCUCUUGCGGCACCUUCUUCGGCGCGCUCAUCGCUGGCUCCGUCGCCGACUGGAUUGGCCGUCGUUCGACUAUCAUUGUCGGAUGCGGCAUCUUCUCCGCUGGUGUCGUCCUGCAAGUCGCCUCUACCGCAGUCGGCCUCCUCGUCGCCGGCCGUCUGAUCGCUGGCUUCGGUGUCGGCUUCGUCUCGGCCAUCAUCAUCCUGUACAUGUCGGAAGUGGCGCCCAAGGCCGUCCGCGGCGCCAUCGUCUCCGGCUAUCAAUUCUUCAUUACAGUCGGCUUGUUACUCGCUUCUGUCGUUGACCAGGGCACGCAUAGCAUGAUGAACACGGGCUCGUACCGCAUUCCCAUGUCCAUCCAGUGGGUCUGGGCGCUCGUUCUGGGCACCGGCCUUUUCUUGCUCCCGGAGUCGCCCCGUUACUAUGUCAAGAACGAUCGUCUGGAUGAUGCUGCGAAGGCUCUGAGUAUUCUCCGUGGCCAGCCGGUCGAAUCGCAGUAUAUCAAGGAUGAGCUGGCUGAGCUGGUGGCUAAUUACCGCUACGAGAUGGAGACUAUGCAGUCUAGCUGGAUGGACUGCUUCCGUGGCGGCUGGAAGCCUUCUGGUAAUCUCCGUCGUGUUGUUCUCGGCAUGGCGUUGCAGAUGAUGCAGCAAUGGACGGGCAUAAACUUUAUCUUCUACUACGGCACCUCGUUCUUCCAGCAAGUCGGCAUCGAGAACGAAUUCGCUAUCUCCAUGGUGACGACCGCCGUCAACGUCCUCUCAACCCCGAUCUCCUUCUGGACCGUUGAGAAGCUCGGCCGGCGCACGCUCCUCAUCUACGGCGCCAUCGGCAUGGUCGUCUGCGAAUUCAUCGUCGCCAUCGUGGGCACUGCCAUGGGCGACGAGUCCGACGCAGCGGGCUACUGCCUCAUCGUCUUCACCUGCUUCUACAUCUUCUUCUUCGCCUCCACUUGGGGCCCCGCCGCCUGGGUCGUCAUCGGCGAGAUCUUCCCGCUGCCGAUUCGCGCCAAGGGCGUUGCGCUCAGCACGGCCUCCAACUGGCUCUGGAACUUCGCCAUCGGCUACAUCACACCCUACAUGGUCGACGAGGACGAGGGCAACCUCAAGUCCAAGGUCUUCUUCGUCUGGGGUUCCACCUGCGUCCUAUGCGUCCUCUUCAGCUACUUCCUCGUCCCCGAGACCAAGGGCCUCUCGCUUGAGCAGGUCGACCGCAUGCUCGAGGAGACCACCCCCCGGACCAGCAGCAAGUGGGUGCCGCACUCGACGUACGCGGACCACGCCGCCGAACGGGACUCGGAGAAGAUGGUCAACAAGGCUGUGCAUUUGGCCGGCGGCCAGCACGUCGAGCAUAAGGAGGUCUAGGCAUGCCGCCUUGGCUUCCCGCGCUGCUGUACGAUAGCAUCCCUCCGGAUGGGAUGGGGAGUGCGCUUGCUUUGGAGCCGGCUUCUUCGGCAGCAGCUUUGCCUGCUGCGCCCUCGGUGAGAAUGGUAUAGCGUCACCGUUACACGUAAAGAAAGGCGGUAAUGAGGGUGGUGAUGGUGGUGUGUUUUAUUCACUGGUAUACCCUGGGAACGGGGGGUCACGGUCACGGCGUUCUUGCUUUCACACGUAUGGUCGGUUAGACGGAAUCUUCCCCUCGCUUUAGUCGCCUCCUCUCUCUCACUCUCUCAUUGAGCAUUCAUGGCUUGCGGCUGCAUGGUCAUCAGCGCUCGCGAGAUAUCCUCUG